UGCACUAUAAAGUCCGCUGUGCAUCCUCAUCCUCCAUCAGCUUCUGCCUGAACUCCCUCUGAGGUGAAAGGAAGAAGAAGAAGAUGACCGACCUGGAGACCUCGAUGGCGACCAUCAUCGCCGUGUUUCAGAAGUAUUCAGAGAGAGAAGGAGACAAACACAAACUGAAGAAGAGCGAGCUGAAGGAUCUGCUUCACGACGAGCUGCCGGAUCUGAUGGAGCAUGUGAAGGACCAGGCCGCCCUCGACAGCCUGAUGGAGAGCCUGGACGCAGACGGCGACGCCGAGUGCGACUUCCAGGAGUUCAUGACAUUCGUGUCUUUGGUUACCGUCUGUUGCCACGACUUCUUCGAGCACGAGGACGAGUGAAGGAGGAGGCCAGACAAAAGAGGGGAGCUACAGUAAAUUAUAAAGAAGAAGAAGAAGCCUAGCAACAAGCAGCCCAAACAGUACUUUGGCUGGUGGCUGGCAAACAGGCCAGACUAGUAGUUCAAAUGUUCUUUUCUAUCCGAGUCUAAAUGUCUAGAUGCUACUAAAGUCUUCACAACGGCUUUGGGAUUUAUUUGUUGUGUGGCUCCGAAGUUUGGUACAAAACUAGCCUUGAUUUCUAAUCACUUUAACAACAUUGUUUGUGCUGCAAAUGUUUUUGUACUUUUUAAAUUCAGCAGGACACAUUCUAUGAAUCAAACUGAAACAUUUGAAAAGUGUUCGCUAGAUUUUGGGUGUGGUCACCAAUCAAUAAGGUUCUUCUGUUGAAAAGGGCCAGUAAAGCUGGAAAGAUGACAACUGGAAAAUUAGGAUUAUUAUCGAGGGAAACAUAUUUUCUCCUGGAUUACGGUCACGUUUUUAAACGUUAACGUUGUAAAAUUGAAACAAAACUAUUUGGUUUUGUUCUUAAAACAAAUCAAGAUUUGGCUUUAUAUAAGUGUGAUUGUUGCUUUAUUUGAGUUAAACAUUUAUUUAAAUAAGUCAACUAUUCACUUUUUGUUUCAAAAGGUGCCACGAGAAUUGAUCCAUCCAUCCACGCCGAUCUUCUCUCGACGCAGAAUAUUAUUAACGUAUUUGUGAUACGUCAAAAAACUAACGUAAUCAACGAGAAAAUACGUUUCGUAACGUAAUUUUUAGGAGACCAGGCCAAAUAAGCAUUUAGAGAUGGCGGCCGUUAUAUUUCAGAUGUGGCCAGUAGAUUCAUCCGAUCGUCCUUCUCCUUUAAAGGUCAGUAACUUAAGGAAUCACCUUCAUCAGCUUCAGUUGGAGAGUCAAACUACUGAGAGAAGCUGCGUUUAAAAAACUUUCAUGACUAUCAAACAACGUGUCGUUGGCUAGUAGAAGUUUAAAAAUGGCUCGUGAGUUUUAUCUAAUCGAGAAGUCACUUUUCAGAGAAGAUAAAAGCACCUAGUUGACUAUCAAACACUGUAAGUGACGUGUAACUUAGUCUUCAAGUUAAAAACCUGUAACGGCUACUAAAAUGUUGAAAUGGCUUCUUCACGCUCGCUAGAAAACCAACUAUGAUUUGGAGAUGAAUUGUAAAGUUCUUGUUUAGAAGCUCUUUUUGGAGAUAUUGAAGUAGAAAAGUAAGCAACACUUAUUUGAGUCAUAACACAUUGAAAAUGUCGAGCUGGCUGCUAAAAUAAUCAGAAAGUCUUCAGAUUUAGUGGCCAGCUGUCGGAUUCAAGCCGCUAGAAUAAAGAAUGUAGUUUCACGCUCUUCUCGUCAAGCAAAGAAAACAAACUAAACGUUUAUCAAAAGAGUUGGAACAGAGUUCUUCUGAUGUGACUUUUGAAAUGAAGAUGAAUUAAAUUAUCAACGUGUGA